AUGGAGUGGGUGGACAAGCCUGACUCCCAGGAACCGAUGGCGCUGGAUGAGCAAGAGCUGAUAACCAGUGGGAACAGACUUUCCCCCAGAGGCUCUGGAUUUCCACAGAUUCAUGGCUUCAAGAACUUCCCAGGGUGUCUGAGGCAGGGCCGGGCCCCCUUGGUGCUGCUGUUCCUCUGUCUUAUGCUCUUCGCAGGGCUGCUGGUGGCCAUCCUUGUCCAAGUCUCCAAAGUCCCCAGGGCCCAGGGGUUGGAGCAUUCGAGUCAGGAGGAGAUCCACCAAGUACUGACCCAGCUGAAGGCUAGAAUCGCCCUUCUGUGCCGCCCCUGUCCCUGGGGGUGGAGGUCCUUCCAAGAAAACUGCUACUUCUUCUCUGACUCCCAACGGAACUGGCACGACUCUGUGACAGCCUGCGAGGAAGUAGGGGCUCAACUCGUUGUCAUCAAAAGUGCCGAGGAGCAGAACUUCCUGCAGCUGCAGGCUUCCGGGUAUAACCGCUUGACCUGGAUGGGGCUCUCAGACCUGAAACACGAAGGCACGUGGCACUGGCUGGAUGGUUCGCCCCUGUUGCCCAGCUUCGCGCAGUAUUGGAACCAAGGAGAACCCAACAGCAGCGGGGAAGAAGACUGUGCGGAGUUUAAGGACAAAGGCUGGAACGACUCCAGGUGUGAUCUCAGCAAAUUCUGGGUCUGCAAAAAGCCCGCGGCGUCCUGCUCCAGUGACUAAAGGCUGGUUUCUGUCCUCGACCCCUGCAUCCCCAGCCCCACCUCUGCUGGGUCCGCAGAACUUCACCCAUGUUCACACCAGGGUUUCUUCUCCUGGUCUGCGGAUCUUGGCAGAAGCUCUGGACUCCUUCCUCGCACAUUUCUCAUCCCCGAUGGGCCCGGGCCCGGCUUCCUCUGAUGCUUCA